AACCCCCGCGCCAUCGACAGAAACCACGCCGUCUGCAUCCAGAAGGCGCGCCAGAGAGCCGCGCUCGACCUCGAUAGGCAGAAGCAGCGAGUCAGCAGUCCAGGCGUGGACAGGAGGGCGCGACGGGCAAGCGCAGCAGCGAUAGACGGCGGCCGCCAGAGCAAACGGAGAAGGAGGCCGUUCAUCAACGUGCAGCCGACGGGCGAGAAUGACAUCAUCCCCCACGACGACACCCGCGAGAGGCUACGCCGUGCCGCGGCUCAGUGGCGAGGCGUGACUGCCCUCGAGGACGAAUCCUCGACAACGACGUCCCCCACCACGACGCCCGUCUUGUUGACGCCCGGCGGCUUUCCCUCGUCUUCGCCCAUCCAUCUCACUCCCCUCACGAGGUCCGCGUUCCAUUCCGCCCUCUCCUUGAGCGUCGACCCUUCCCUCCGCCCCCCUUCUUACGCCGUCCACGCUGCUCGUUCUAUCCCCUCCUCGUCCUUCAUCACCCCGUUCACGUCCACCAUCACCCCCUCUACCGCUUAUCUGUCCGACCCCCUGAACGCCUACGCCCACCUCAGUAUGCCAAAGCCCUUUGUCCACCUUAUCGGCCCUCCCCUCGACCUCGCCCUCGAUGCACGACAGACUGGAAACCAGAGUCGUUUCGUGCGCAGCGGCUGCAGGCCGAACGCCAUCCUGCGACCUGUGCUGUGCCCUCGCAAGAAGCGAAGUAUGUCUGCUCAGCGCGUCGAGGACGACGCCGAGCCCGAGGACGAGGACGCGCUCACCUUUGGAAUAUUAGCGCUGCGGGACUUGAAGGCCCAUGAGGAGGUCGUGUUGGGCUGGGAGUGGGAUGACGGGAGCGUGAUCCAUCAUCUUCCUGCGCUGAUCAACAACCCGCACAUCUUCCCGCCCCAUCAUCUGCACCAGUACCGCCAGCAGAUGAUGUCGACGCCGCACACACUAUCCUCGAUCUUCACCACCUGCUCACGCGGACCAAUGACACGCGACUGCGCCCUCGCCCUCAUGGUCGAGUCUGUCGACUCGCACACGCCGCCAACGCUGACGCCGUCACCCCGCUACCUCCAUCGGGGUGCGGACGUGAUGUGGAACAUUCCUGCCGUUGCGCGCAUGGCGUCGAUUGUGUAUGACUGCCGAGUAAACAUGAUUUUCAUCAAGGACGUGAAGGGCUCGAACGGCAUGUUCAUCAACGGCGAGCGCCUCAGCCCCGAGGGCAUCAAGUCCGAGCCUUUCGAGCUCAAGUCGGACGACAUCGUGGAAUUCGGCAUCGACAUCGUCGGCGAGGACAACAAGACGAUCAUACACCACAAGGUCGCUGCGCACGUCGUGUGCGUCUUCACCGAGCAGGAGGCGCAGGCCGCUGCGCGCGCGGAGGCGCAGGCGGGCCCCGCCUCAUACGGGGUCGGCGCGGGCGGCGGUGCGCCCCCUGCAGCGGGUGCGUUCAGCUUCGCACCAGGCCAGCCGCCCAAUGCGCCCGGGCAGCAGCGCCGCCCGUCGCUCCAGCAGGGCCUCAUCGGGCUCGGGGACCGCGGCGGGAACAUGCGUGCGCCUGGCAAGAGCGGGCUCACAUUUGACCACAUCCUGAGCCGCCUGCAGGGCGAGCUGCAGAAGAGCCGUGAUACGGGCGCCGAGCUGCAUUCGCUGACGAGUGCGAUGAACGAGCUUCAUGAUACCCUUGGUGGCAACCUGCCACCGAAUCUCCCCCCGCAUCCUUCGAAUCUCCCACCAGUAAUGCCUCCUCAGUCCCAGCAGCAGCAGCAAGAAUCUGAACAACAACAGGCACCGGCGGCGCCGUCACCAUCAGACUCGGGUUCAGCACUAUUGGAACUCCAGUCACAACUGCGCGAGACUCAAAUGUCUCUCGCAAGCCACGUAGACAAAAUUUGCUCCCUUGAGACGAUGCUCGCCGAGCACGCAGCGAUCCAGCACGAAGUCGGCUUCCUGCGCGAGCUCAUGGAGGAGCGCAAGCGCGAGAUGGACACGUCUCGCGGACGCAGCGGCAGUCCCAGCGGACGCCACCACCAAUACGGGCGCGACGAUAACAUGGCACAUGAUCAGCAUUAUAUGUCCGAUGACGACGACGAUGCACGCAGUGUUUCGACGAUCGUCCCGCACGAGCUCGACCGGGUCGACGAGGAGGACGAGGAGCAGUUGGCCGCGGAGGAGGAAGAGGAGCAGCGGCGGAGGCGGAGGGAUGAGCUGGGUCGUCCGCGCACGCCAGAGCCAACGGGCAUGGGUAUGUCUGACGAUGACUAUGAUCACGACCACGAUCACAGCAGAUACGAGCCGCAGCAACGCACUCGGUCGCCGUCUCCUCCGCCCGCGGCCCCGCCAGUCCCUAUACCCGCUGCGGUCCCCGACAAUAUCAGCGAGCAGCUAACGACACUCUCGAAGCAAUUGGAGUCUGCGCUCGAGCUCUCGCGCUCUCUUGAGGCGCAGCAUUCGGUUGCACAAUCGACCAUCUCCUUGCUAGAGUCGAAGGUCGCCUCGCUGGAGAGUCUCGUGCAUGACACUCACUCACAGGUUCAGGUGCAGACUGAAGCCACCGAGCAACUAGCUGAGGCCAUGCGCUCGGAGCAACUCCCCGACUCAGCAGCGCAGGAGGCCGAGCAGAGGACGCGGGAGUCGCUGACGGAAAUGGUGAACGAGUGGAAAAAGCACGUCGAAGGCCGCUGGAGCAACAUGCAGGAAGAGUGGACCGAGGAGCGGGAGCGCCUGCGCUGCGCGAAAGACGAGUGGGAGACGCGCAUCCGGGUCGUCGAGGAUGGCGUCGGCAGCAACGUUUCGAAGCCCGCGCAGCCUGUCAGCAGAGUCGACGCGCCCACGACAGAGGCGAAAACGCAGCAGCUCGUCAAGAGGCCGCUCGCGCUCGCGGUCUGCCUCCAUGGCUGCUGGCGUGGAGGCAAGGAUGAGCCGACAAGGAGUCUCAAGGGUAUGCCAUUUCUGAUCACCCCAGAGUUGUCAGUUCUGAACCAUCCGCUUUCGUCCCCAGACGAUGCGUCUGGGACAGCAACCGACUCACAGACGCGGUCACCGCCCAAAGACCUGUCACACUUCAAUCUAUUGGCAGCCCGUGGUCACCGGGGCAGUCUUAUGGUGGAUAAAACCCGAAGGUUCGGUUUCGGUAUAGCAUACAUCACUUCUAGUAGCUGCUCUGGUGAGCGGCGUUAUCCUAUCGUAUGA